UAGUGCGAUAAAAUAGCUGUUGCUUCCAGGGUAGGUAUGUAUAGAACAACAGAACAAUGUUGCUUCUUGGCUGCUUCAACCUUUCGGGAUUCAAGGCAUUAUAGUUCUCUAUGUACCGUGGCAUCAUAAUUCAUUUCAACAUCAGGCUAUCAUAAUCGCCAUGGUGCCGCCGUCGGGGCUGCCGCUGGCCGCCUGCCUGGUGAACGUCUCCAGCGGUCGCCGGCCGGGCGCCGUGGCGCGGCUGGCGGCCGCUCCGCUGCGAGCCGCCGCCGGCUCGCCGCUGUGGGAGGGCGCGGCGGCGCGCCGGCUGACGGAGCGGGCCGGCCUGCGCGCGCCCGUCACCGUGCUGAGCGUGUUCUCGGACACCGACUACGACCGGACCGUGUACACGGUGGCCGGCCCGCUGGCCACGCUCGGCGCCGGCGUGCUGUCGCUCUGCCGCGAGGCCUGUGAGCUGGUGGACCUGCGGCACCACGCCGGCAACCACCCGUGUCUGGGCGUCGUGGACCUGGUGCCCUUCCACCCGCUGAGCGAGGACGUCACACUGGAGGACUGCGCCCGGCUGGCCCGUGCGGUCGGUGACCAGCUGACCGCCCUGGUGCCCGGCACGUCCUGUUUCUGGUUCGGCGAGGCGGACCCUCUCCGCCGCUCGCUGCCGCUCCGCCGCAGACAGGUGGGCUGGUUCCAGCGGCGGCCAGUCACCGAGGAGAUCGACAGAGGGACGCCCGACCCGCGGCUGGGGGUCACAGGAAUUGGCGCCAUUCCGUACAUGACCAACUACAACGUUACGCUGGACACUGACGACCUGUCGGUGGGCAGGGAGGUGGCUGCCGAACUGAGGGCCACCGCGCCCCGAGGGAUGCCAGGUGUUCAGGCGAUGGCGUUCGCCCACCAGGGCCGGGUCGAGGUCGCCUGUAACCUGGACACCCUGCCCUCCGGCGGCCCGGAGCCGACGGCCGUGGAGGCGCGCGUCCGUCAGCUGACGGCGGCGCGCGGCGCUCAGCUGACCCCCGACUCGCGGGUAGUGGGGUUCACCCGCGCGGGAGCCGCGCGCGCCGCCUGGGAGGCGCUCAGUAGCGGGGACGGCGAGGCCUGGAGGGGGCGGGGCGGGGCGCACAUGUGAGCGGUGUGAGGCGCAGUGGAGGUAACCCGAGGGACGGGGUACGGGACUCAGACUGUGGCUGUGGAGUAGUUGUUACUGUUCGUUGAACAGGGAGUAGUGG